AUGAAAGUCAAUGUACCAUUGAUCAACGCUACCUGGCUCCUAGCUCUUUUCCCAACAGCGUUGUUGAGCCGAAUGAACUUUUCCCUGCAGUGGCGUCGUCGGAUUCUAACUGCAACAUUCAAAGCCGCGGCCAUCACAAGCUUCCGCUUGGCGAAUACCCCGACAGCUGUUUCGGCAACAAGAAGCAUUGGCUCGGACCUCUUCCCAAUAUCAAGAGUUUCUCGACCGUUGGCUGCUUCCACAAUGUCCCUACUAGAGAGCACAGACGAUGCAUCCAGCACGGAACACAGUGACUACGAAAAAUGGGUUCGUCGCUUGUAUUUGACGAAUCUGUUCCACCCAGUAAAGAUGGGGCUGACGAAUAUUCAAAGGUUGGACGACUUGGUGGGAAAUCCUAUGGAUGAUCCUAGUCGCGUUGUUGUCCAUAUUGCAGGGACGAAUGGGAAGGGUAGUGUUGCCCUCAAGAUUGCCAAUACAUUGAGACAGAGUGGAAAGAAAGUUGGAAUCUUUUGCAGUCCACAUGUUUCUUCGUUUCGUGAGAGAAUGCAAGUCAAUGGUGAGCUGAUUUCCGAAGACGAGGUUGUUGAAUUGUUGCCAAGAGUGUAUGAGUUGUGCGUCAAGCAUGAUAUUCCAGCGACAUUCUUUGAAAUUACCACGCUUCUAGCUUUCUUAUUCUACGAGAAACAUCAAGUCGACUUCGUGGUUCUAGAAACUGGCCUUGGAGGCAGGCUCGAUGCCACAAAUGUAAUUGCUCGACCUGGGCUUACCGUUAUUACUUCCAUUGGACUGGAGCAUACAAGAAUACUAGGAGACACUAUUGAGAAAAUUGCUAAAGAAAAAGGAGGCAUAAUUAAGAAAGGUUGUCCGGUGCUUGUUGGACCGAAUUGUCCACAGCAAGUGCUUCAAGACUGCGCAAAGGCAGUUGGUGCUGCCUCGUACUACGUCCCAGACUUGGUUCUUGGGGACACCCUAGACCACCACACUACGGACUACGACGAAGAGAAUCAAAGGAUCGCCACAGCUGCCCUAACUUUAUUGCAAAGAAGUCACCCGAGCUUUCUUGAAGAUUUGACAUUAGACGACAUUCAGAAAGGUAUUCUGAUUAGACCACCAUGUCGUUUUGAAGAGGUUCAAAUGGAGCAUGUGAAUGCCAUUUUGGAUGUGGCCCAUAACCCCCCGGCAAUGGAAUACUUGAUGGUGAAAUUGCGGAAGACAUACCCAUUGCAAUCAUUUCGAUUUGUCGUGGGCAUGUCCUCGGAUAAGGAUCUUGGCCAAUGUGCGCGUACUUUGUUGAGUGUAGCUGGGCCAUCCUCAAUCCACCUAGUUGAGGCAGCGCACCCACGAGCAGCCAAGAUUCCAGACAUUGUAGCUGCUGAACCGAAGUUCUCUAGUUGUCACUUCUGUCUGGAUGAUCGAUCAAUCACAAGGCAGGUAACGAAUGGUCUCAAGCUAGCGGAAGAGAAUGGAGAAAUUCUAGUGGUGUGCGGGAGUGUUUUCUUGAUGGCCGAAGCUCGGCAAGCACUUGGUUUUGAUGAGCCUAGAGACUCUGAUUAUAUAUCCGAAGUUGCCGGCGCAGGUCUUCGACAGAUGCAAGAGAAUUUUGGUAAUACCACUUUCGAGGAUGGUCCCUCGAGACAAAAUUGA